GCGUCGACAUCAACUUCCUUUUCGCAAACAUUCCACAUGGCGACAGACGAGAUUCCCUACCGUUCACCGGUGCCGCUGGCAUUUGAGUUAGUCCAGCAUGUUGGUAUAUUCUUUGAAGAAAACCUCUACACACAAGCACUUAGUCUGCUCUACAACACCCUUGCCUCUGGCACAGUAUCCUCGGCCCAAGCAGUGAUCCCUCAGCCGCAACAUUUAGCCGUCGCUGCCACUAUCCUCGUUCAUCCCUCCACGACAACACGCGCCAAAUCGGCAGAAGAGAAAGAAGCCGCCAAUGCAUCGCUCCGUCUCCUUCGACUGACAAACUCGCUGAUUGGCCCUAUUGAUGCAAAGUUUAAUAAGGCUUUUGCAUUUACGCAUUUCGAAUCCUCGCGCCAGGGCUUACGGCGCCAGGAUAGCCCAGAGGCUACUGGGCUAAAGAACAGCGACACAAACCUUUUGAAAACAGCCAUCGGUGACUCAGACUCGGUAUGGCAGCGAGCAGAGGACUUCUGGCAUGCUGUCGGGUGGGCUUUUCGUUGCUCAGUGCUUCACCCAGAGCGAUGGGAGCGCUGGCAGAUCUGGCUGCAGUUCAUGUGCAACGUUCUCGAAGAUGACUGGAAAGAGCGCGAGAGGAAAUGGCUAGAGGCGAAGCAAAACGAACCCAAAAUUUCACCGGACGCCGAGCCUAAAACGAGAGGAACACGCAAAAAUGCUCAUAAACUGGACGACCUCGAGAUUUUUCGCGAGAGUUUGAUCUUUCAAUAUAUUAGCUCGAAUACUACCCACGGAGGGAACCGUCGAAUCCUGCGUGCUAUAUUUGCGAAUGGCCUGCGAGAGGAGUUCAAGGAGGUAUUCAAAAAAAGGGAAACUGCCAAGAUCUCGAAAGCAACCCAGAAUACCAAGAAGAGAGAAGUCGAAGUCAACAUCGAAAAGAAUGAAUACGGCGACUAUCUAGACGACUCAGACGAAGAACCUUCCGGCGCAAUCGACACAAACUCAUCCUCAUCCAAAGCAACCGCCAAAGAAACAAAGUCCCGCCGCAGCAAACGCACAAGACGAGGCACAAAAACCGACCUGGACCAAUCCACAACCACGAACCCCAUCAGUCAGCUACAAAAGAAGACCAAAGCCCGGGAUUCAGAAAGCGAUCUUUCUUCGCUGGGCGGCUACGACUCCCUCGCCCUCCGCCAACAACUCCUAAGCAUCCUCUCCAGCGUCUCCCACCGCCUCCCAAAAGACUUCAUCCCCCUUGAUGAGCUCUACCACAUGUUCGUCGAAAACAUCCGCGACCUCCCCCUCCCAAUCUUCCAACACUUCAUCAGCCCCUCAAUCCUUCCACACAUGAGUCCAGCCGCGCAAACAACCCUCUGCGAACUUCUCCUCUUUGUCAUGCAGGAGAGUUCGGCGCCAAGGUCUGACAAUGACUGUCUCCACCAAGAUAAGCUGGAGGAGUGUUUCUUACCCUAUGCAGCGGCGAAUCCUAGUAUUGAGAAUAAUGCCAAGGUUUCGAUCCUACUAGAGGCGCUUAUGGCUUUGUUGCACAAGAGUGACAUGUUGUUUGUUACACCGAGGCUAAGGGAGGUUGUUGAGCGUGGGGUUCUCAAACGUGGGGAAAGGGCAGAGGAGGAGAGGAAGAGGGCCUUGGAUAAGAGGGUGAAGGUUUCUGUUGAGUGUUGUUAUUUGCGUGAGAGUGGAUUCAGGUUGUUGUUUAUGGUUCAGCAUCUUUUGCCAGUGGCAGAUGGUAGUUAG